AUGAAUCUUUCAAAAAUCUUAUUUACACCAGAUACGGGAGAUUUAAAAACUUGUCAACUGUGUUCCACACGAUCUAAUAAUCAUACGUGUUCAAGUGAAAUAACAAAACUACCACAACAUUUAUUUUUUAAUUUUACAGCUGCUGAUUAUAUUUCUGGGUUCCGUUCUAUUGGUUGCGAGUAUCUUCAGUUUUCAGAUGAAUCAGAUGUUUCAUCCGAUGGAGUUCUAGAUUUAGAAAAUAAACUAGUUCAGAAGUAUUUUGUUCCAAAUCUGCAAUUAACCCAUAAUACAAGAAAUGUUGGUUUGCAUCGAUUAAUAAAAGAUCAUUUAUCACUAAGAUAUGAAUUAACAUCGACUAUUGUUGAUUAUUAUUUAAAUAUUUUAAUAGUUAUUACUGAAGAUGCACGAACGCUUAUUGUUAAAAAGUGUUCCAACUCCGACUAUUUAUGUUAUAAUCAAUCGUUUAGACAAUUCGAACCAUUAUCAAAUGGUUCGAUUGAAACGUUUCUAGCUGCUGCAACCCAAGUGUUGCUCUGCUAUAAAGCAAACGAAGGAACGGUUGAUACAUAUUCACCACCUGCUGAAAAACAAUUAGACAUUAGUACAUGGAAGUUAUUACCUGAACCAGAUAAGAAAAACAUCAACAUAGUCAGGGGUCAAUUAUCACAAAAAACUGCAUAUUAUGUUAUUGAUCGGUAUGAUUUAUCAGCAAAUGAUUUAAAAAAUUUAAUUUAA